AUGGAUAGAUUUGAUAUUUCUUAAACCAUCUAACCUAUGACCAUUAGUAUGAUCAAAAAAGGAAUGAAGACAAAUUAACAUACCUAAUUAGAUUAUGUUAUUAAUGAGGGUCAUCCUAUUAAUACUAUAUUAAUUGUUGGAUUCUCGGUUGAAUUAUUAAUUAAUAGUGAUUCACAAGAAUUUUAAGCUUUAAUUGAGGAUAGUACUGGUAAUAUUUAAGUUGUUACUCCAUUAACACAAUAAUAUCCAUAUUGGUUAGAUGUAAUCUAAAUUAUUAUUAAAUUAGAAAAUUAUAUAAGAAAAUCCUAAAUAACCUUCUUAUGUUAGGUCCAUCAUUAUACCUAAAUUAUUUAGAUAAGAAAUUGUAUUUUAAUGUGUUUAUAUGGAAUUAAUCAAAAAUUUUAAUAUUAUCACUUUGCAUUUAAUUGAUUGUAUUAAGGCUUAUGAAUAUCGCAAAUCUAUUUCAUAUCUCACUUAAUUAGACAAUAAUUUAGAACAAUAAUAAUUAAUUAAGCAAAAAUCAAUUUAAUAUCAAUCAUCUUGUAUUCUUUAAUUAAUUGAAAAACAACCAUUAACAAAAGAUAAAAUUUUAGAACUUACCAACAUUUCAGAAUAAUUAUUUCAAGAAUGUUUAUAAUUUUUAGCAAACCAAAUUUAGUUAGAUGAACAUGAUCAAUAUUAAAAACUUUUAUAAUGA